UAUGGUUCGAAGUCACCGGAGCGAUAUUUCGUGUGUAUGUGAAGCAUUUUUUCCUUAGUCCAAAUGGGUCAUUACCACGGCAGCCACCCUUGACUACGACAGAACUGGUGUGUUAUUCUCGAAAUCUAAAAUCAAAGGUCUUGUUGGGGACCUCUGCAGAAAACAUGGCGACGGCCAGUAGAGGAUAUUGCGAUGUCAGUUCUAAAUCUAUCCAGGACCGAGUAGAACAUGACUACAGAAGCCUGAUUAUAAAACACGUUCGCUGUGGCUCUAUCAUUGGACGAAUGGGCGUCCCUGACGAGCACCAGGAAACCGUCAAUAACAUCAUGGCACUGGAAAACCUUCACCAACAGUCCAAGGCAACAAAGGCAUUCCUUGACUAUAUGAAAGCAAACGGGGAAGCCAGAGACUAUUAUCUGUUUGGUCAGAUACUGGAGAUCGAUGGUUACGUCUAUGUGUCUGAACUACUGCGGGGCGACGACACCCUGGACCCCGACCAACACAAGGAACACUGCAGGCUAAUCCAGUUCUUCUGUAAAGACAUCAGUGAGACGAUUGACUUCAGAGCCCUGUAUCCCAGGCUUGUCCAGGACAACUGGAUGGACGACGAAGACGGACAACUGCUUUGCAGACUAGCUGACAACAAUGGCCGAAUAUCCGCUGCAAAAUGGCUGAUAUCAGUUGUACUGCCCCGAAGGAAGGAGAAUUGGUUCAAACAGUUUCUUCAGCUUUUAUGGGAUUGCGGCUACAACGGUCUGGUUGAACUGAUUGAUGAAGAUUUCCAUAUCCACUGAUAGCUUAUGCAAGACACUAAACUCUCUACUAGCAUACCGAUGGGAACAGUUCAUUGCAGCUGGUUGCGAUGUUUCAUAAGGACCAUGUCUCACGCCUAGCCACUCCUCCUAUAUUUAGCUGCCUUGGCGUUACAGAACUGAAAUACUAUCCAAAGAUUUGUUAAACUCAACUCACUCAUAUCUUAGAACACAAAACAGCUUUAAAAUAACCCUUACGCCUUAUAUGUUUUAUCAAAAAACCUGCAAAACAUCAUCAUGAUCAAUUAUUACCUGUUCACUGUCAGCUCACAGCACAACA